GCUACCCCUCCAAGCUUCUUUUGUGCUGUUAACGUUAAAGUACUAGCCUAAACUUAUACUCGUCUCCUCAACUACCAAAAGACCUACUAAUCAGAGAUGUCCGAUAAAACCGCAUUAGUCACUGGAGCCACCGGCCUACUAGGUAGACAGGUUGUAAGGGCCUUCGAAAGAGGCAAGUGGAACGUUAAAGGGACAGGCUUCUCUCGCGCCGACGGGUCUUCGAUCCUCAAGGUCGACCUUGUGAAUGCAGAGCAAGUAGAGGCUACCCUUGACAGUGUUAAGCCACAAGUUGUAGUUCACUGCGCUGCGAAUCGAUUCCCCGACAAGUGUGACAAUGACCCCGAGGGAACACGCGCCCUAAACGUCGAAGCUACCAGGAAACUUGCUUCUCUGUGCGCGGCGCGCGGUAUCUUCCUAAUCUAUAUAUCCACCGACUAUGUCUUCCCGGGCAAGCCUGGAGAGGCACCGUACGAGGCGGAUGCAAAGCCGCAGCCUACCAACUUAUACGGGCAGACAAAGCUAGAUGGGGAGCAAGUUGUACUAGAGGAGUAUCAGCGCGCUGGCAAGGCAGGUCUUGGUGUUGUCCUACGUGUUCCCGUAUUAUACGGCGAUGCCGAGGUGCCAUCUGAGAGCGCUGUGAAUGUGCUUAUGGAAUCCGUCUGGAAAGCACAAGAACCAGGUGCCAAGAUUAAGAUGGACCACUGGGCUCUACGUUACCCUACCAAUACUGAAGACGUAGGACGGGUGUGCUACGAUGUUUCACAGAAAUAUCUAAGCACGGAUGAUCCAUCCAAGUUGCCUUAUAUCCUACAAUUCUCUUCGGAGAGCAAGUAUACCAAGUAUGAGAUCUGCCAGCUCUUCGGCGAAAUCAUGGGUCUAUCGAUUGCAGCCAUCGAGCCCAAUACUGAGGGGAAUGACCCGAAUGCUUCAGUCCAGAGGCCAUACGACUGCCACCUCAGCACAAAAGCGCUCAAAGAUAUCGGUAUUGACGUGGCCACUCAAGAUUUUACCGGUUGGUGGAGGUGGAGUGUUAAAGCAUUUAGGAAAUGAGAGAUCUAAGAUGUUUGCUUAGUGGUAUUACGAAUUCUAUCUGUAAGGGAGCCAAGCAUUUGCUCCCCGAGUUCUGGCCAAAGCUAUAAUUACCUACCUACUUAACUUAAAACCACGAAAUCAUCGGGUUCUACGAAAAUCAAUACGAUGUUCCUUACACAUUGUACAUCAAUUAUAGAUGUGUUAGAUGUGCUCUAUUCCGACACGAGACACUUUUUCGUCUAAGAACCCAACAUAAUGGAACCUCGUAUCAAUUCAACGAUCAUCCUUACCUACCUAGGAGUUGAUGUCAAUAAUAAACUCUACGGGCUUCCGCCCGAAAUAUAGAGUAUCGGAGAGCAGAUUACCUAUUUUUGGCUUUGGACCCUCAGCUGAAUGCAGUAUUAACGGUGUUGUUAGCCAGCCCCAUUAGCAUUUUGCAUGGAAACCAAUUUUGCUUGUGCCUGCGCGCAUCUUGCAUAUAUGCAGACCCUCUUUAAGACCUGAUAUUUCCUGCAAACCACGCGUACGAAAUGGGGGUAAGUCAUGGUAAUGGUAACAUUGAAGUGGGCGGAGUUUCGGAAUAGUUGACUAUUUGGUAUAAAUAAUUAUGAAGUAUAUGGACUGUAUAAUAGCAAC